AUGAGAAAGGUCUUUCAAAGUGAGAAAAUAGCGUAUGAUAUUUACAGUAAAUUUGGCAGAUGUCAUGGAUUUGGCAUGUGCAAGGGGGAUUAUGGAAAGGAUGAAGGCAACUUGAUAAGGAGAAUGUUUUUUGGUAACAGGGCUGGACUGAGAGAUGAGAAACACUUGAAUAGGAUGGAUAGAAAAAAGGGACACCGUCCAGAAACAAGUACUAAUUGCAUGGCUAAGCUGUCGAUUUAUCUGGAUAGGAAAAACUUAACAUGGAAGGUUCGCAAAGUAAUAUUGGAUCACAAUCAUGAAUUGACACCUCGAGGGAUGGUGCACAUGAUUUCGAAAUUCCGUCGUAUGUCGGAUGUGGCAAAGGCAAACAUAGAUGGCAUGCGUGGGUAUGGUGUUCUGACAUCAAAGAUUUUGGAUUACAUGGCUGGGGUUGCUGGAGGGUACUCUUUGUUGGACUUUAUGAAAAAGGAUGCAUACAAAUACAUUGACCACAUGAGGCGGGACAAGGUUGCUAAUGGUGACUCGAAUGCCGCUAUUUUAUAUCUAGAGGGAAAGGCAGCGGCGGAUCCAAUGUCAAUGGCUAGGUAUAACGUUACAAAGGAUGGAAUGUUGGCAAACAUAUUCUGGACCGACGGACCUUGCAGAGUAGACUAUCAGUAUUUUAGGGAUGUGGUCGCCUUUGACUCGACAUAUAAGAAGAAUAAGUACCAAUGCCCGUUAGUGAUAUUCUCUAGGUCAAACAAUCAUAAGCAAACCACGAUAUUCGGAUUUGGAUUAGUGCUAGACAAAACAAUAGAUAGUUAUACGUGGAUGUUGGAGAAUUUGUUGGAGGUGAUGUGUAAUAAGUACCCUUUUGUUGUGGUAACUGAUGGUGAUAAUGCGAUGAUUGAGGCAGUCAAAAAAAUGUUUCCAGAAGCUACUCAUCGGUUGUGUGCCUGA